CAUUGGAUCCAGGCCAGAGGGGUCCCCCCGGGGGCGUCACACGGGAGACCUGUGGCACUGCCGGAACCUGGCUUCUCUGGGGCUUGCAGUUCCCAGAGCAGAGCUCAUUUCCGGGCAAGAAGAUCCAUUGGCUGAGGACUCCGAUGAAGGCGAGGAAUCAGCCGGUGAUGGCCAGGACAGCAGCAGAGAAGGUGAGCCGCAGAGAAUGGGAGUGGAAGAGAAACCAAAGUGGGGGAGCAAAUGCAUUGCCUUCGAGGGGUCGGACUUCCACGUCCUCCCAAUCCUGGAAGAACCUUGUGAAGGGGACGUUAGGGACGGUGGCGACGUGGCGAAGCUCUUGAAAUGCUCUGAGUGUGGAAAGAGCUUUGGUCAACCGACGGACCUUAUUAAACAUCAAAGAACCCACCUAGGAGAGAAAACGUCUAAACUCUUGGAGUGCGGGAAGCAAUUCAGCCACAGCUCAGCCCUCAGCUUGCAUCCAAGGCUCCAUGCAGGGAAGAAGCCCUAUAAGUGCUCCACGUGUGGAAAAAGUUUCAGUCAUAGCUUAAGUCUUCAAUGGCAUGAGAGGAGUAUUCAUACAGGGGAGAAGCCCUACAAAUGCUCCACGUGUGGGAAGUGUUUCAGUGACGGCAGAAACCUUAAAAGACGUGAAAGAAUUCAUGCAGAGGAGAAGCCCUAUAAGAGCUCUGAGUGUGGAAAGAGCUUCAGUCGCAGCCCAGAACUUAAAUCGCAUCAAAGAAUCCAUACUGGGGAGAAGCCCUAUAAAUGCCCUGAGUGUGGAAAGAGUUUCAGCCAGAGCUCAAAUCUUAAUAAACAUCAGAGAAUCCACACAGGGCUGAAGCCCUAUAAAUGUUCGACGUGUGGAAAGAGUUUCAGUCAUAGCACGCACCUGAAAAGACAUCAGAGAACUCACACAGGAGAAAAACCCUAUAAGUGCUUUGAGUGUGGAAAGUGUUUCAGUCAAAGAAUAAUUCUUAAAUCGCAUCAAAGAAUUCACACAGGGGAGAAACCAGAUAAAUGCUCUGUGUGUGGAAAGACUUUCAGCAAUAGCGGAAACCUUAAAAUACAUCAAAAAAUUAACACAGGGGAGAAGCCCUUUAAAUGUUCUGAGUGCGGAAAGAGUUUCAGUCAACGCAUAAUCCUUAUAUCCCACCAGAGAAUUCAUACAGGGGAGAAACCCUAUAAAUGCUCUGCGUGUGGAAAGAACUUCAGUGAUUGCAGAAGCCUGAAAGUGCAUCAAAGGAUUCACACCCAGGAGAAGCCCUACAAAUGCUCUGAGUGUGGAAAGAGUUUCAGUGAUAGCAGAAGCCUGAAAGUGCAUCAAAGAAUUCACACCCAGGAGAAGCCCUACAAAUGUGCCGAGUGUGGAAAGAGUUUCAGUGAUACCAGGGUUCUUAAAGUGCAUCAAAGGAUUCACACAGGAGAGAAGCCCUAUAAAUGCUUGGAGUGCAGAAAGAGCUUCAACCAGAGCACCCACCUCAACUCACACCGAAGAAUUCAUAUUCGUGGGAAGCCUUACAAAUGCUCCGAGUGUGGCAUGGGGUUCCAUCAAAAUAGACACCUAGAGUCGCUUCAAAGAAGGAUGCACUCAGCAGGGGAUCCUGUAAACCCCAGCUCUGACUAGAAUGUGGGGAGCUCUUCUGACAUUUUCAAACCCAGGAGAAAGGGUAUGAAUAAUUAUAAUUUCUUUGUCUACCCAAAACUUAAUAAGCACGAAGAGUCGGAAGCGACUGAACGAAUA